GACGUCACGGCAGGGAACGAGAUUAAAUGUUGGUCGUAUUUGCAAAAGUGGGUAACGUAGGAUAAGAUUGUAGUCCUUUUAAACCUUCUAUAUGUGGAUAUAAACACUAAUUUCAUUACAGUACCGAUUGGGGCUUAUGGUUUAGUUUGCCUCUACCAAUUUCAUGGCAACAAAUCAAGCUGAGCCCUCUACAAGUAGCACUACACCAUCUGUAACAGAAGUUGUAUGGACUCAUCAUACCUUUUCAAACAAUGAGGCUUCACUGCAACCAUACAGUACAGUAAAUGGGGUUGCAAGCAGUAAUGAUUACCAUGAUUCUCCUGUACCUUCAGAAAAUGCUACUCCUCAUUAUGAACAUCAGUUAGAUAACAACAAUCCUGAUGAAGCACAAUGUGAUAGUUAUAGAAUGCAUUUGUCAUCCCGAGGACAUUCUCCUGAGAAUGUAAUUACAUCAUCACCGUCUACCUCAGAGAAUAAUUCUCUAACUCUUCAAGCUGAAGCUUCUAAUUUACAACAAACAUCAGUUUCUCAAGAAUCUGCUUUAGGACAUGUACCUCUUACAGUUAAUUCCCAUUUAACAUUGCAACAUGCAGCAAAUCUCUCACAACAGAAUUCAUCCAAUUUGGGCUUACCUCUUAUAUUGGAUCGAGGGAGUCUCACUGCAUUUGUGAAUAAUUCUCGUCCUGAUACUACUUUAUCUUUGGAAAAUCUCCACAGACCAGUAAUAUCUAGUCAGAGUUUAUCACAUCGUUCAGUUUUAACUAAUGAUCAGUCACAAUUUUUAACUGCAGAUAUUUCAGUAGCUGCUAUUACCCAUAACUUGUUACCACCUUCAUUAACACAAAGAGAAAUGUUACCAGCCAUGAUAUCAAGCACUUCAUCUAUAAGUCACAACAUUGGUUCUUCAUUUCCAAUAAAUCAUAAACAAAUGUUAGCACAAAAAUAUGCAGCAGAACUAGAAGCUCCAUCUACAUCCUCAUCAGUUUCUUCAAAUCUCAGAUCUCAUGUUAUUGAAAAUAUGAAUGAUAGACCUGCUUCACCUUAUGUAGUAUCUAGUGCAAAUGCUUUAAUUGAUACACAAGCUAUAUCUGUUUAUACCUCUCAUCAAUCUUUGUCCACUUCAGUAUCUACUUCAAGUUUACCUAUUGAUGUUUAUUCAAUGGAUAGAGGAAUUGCACUUGUAAGCAGUACAAGAGAAAGUCCUGAUGAUAUCAUUGAGGGUGUUCAUCGUUUUUCUGGAGUACAAACAAUAUCUCAACCUUUGGUACACAGUUUUGUAUCAUCAAGUGUGGAUCUUGUACCUGCUAACCAUGUAGAACCUGGAAUGCACUGUGUAGUUGAUUCUACUGUAGGACCUAAAUUACAUCAACAUGAUGAGCCUGUGGUUGACAGUUCUGAUAAUUAUGGUCAACAUGUGGAUACCUCAACAGAUGGUGGAUUACAUACAACAACACAAGGGUAUAGCCAGCAUAUAAAUGAUCUAAGUUCUUGUAACGAAGCUGCUGCUAGUAGUACUGUGUCAUCUGUUUUAAAUGGUGCUGAUGCUUUGGAUGGCAGAACUGUUUUAAAUAAUGCAACAAAUCACUUGUUAGCAGCUAAUGGUGCAUUUCUAGCAGCUAGAAAUGGUGCUUCAACAGAUGAUGUUGAUGAUGUAAAUACUUGUUCUGCUGUCAGCAGCGCUACUCAUCCAGAUUCAACUCGAAAUUCCUUAGAGUUAUCUGUUCAUUCUCCUAUAACUGCUGGAUUAAAUGCAUUAUCAAGCUUAGUACCUGAAAGUCAUCAAUCAUUAGAUCAACAUUCACGUCCUCGCCGUGAUCUCCGUACAAAUCGUCACUGGUGUGAAGACUGCAAUCAAUAUUAUGAAAAAGAUUGCCCUCAUCAUAGGAUUCAACUUAUAUUUGAUAAACCUGUUCUUAGUCGAGCAUGGGCAAGCCUUCCCGCGACUUAUUUAUACGUUAACAAAAUCUUUCUAAAAGAGAAUGGAGAACCAAUAUACGGUGUAUUUGCUAAAAAGACAAUCCCUAAAAGAACACAGUUUGGACCCAUUGAAGGUGUUUUGGUGAAAAAAGAGGAUCAUUCAAAAGAUAAAUUUGUUUUAUUGACAGAACAGCAGGAUCAUACUGUAGCAUAUUUAGAUACAACAGAUGAAUCUUUAAGUAACUGGAUGCGAUUCGUUCGCCCAGCCGAUCAUUAUCGUGAACAAAAUUUGGUGCUAGUACAACAAGGUCAAUCUCUUUAUUUUAAUACUACAAAGGCCAUUAAUCCUAAAACUGAACUUCGGGUAUGGUAUUCUGGAACAUAUGCAGAAAAGUGGGGUUUAAGAGUUUUAGAACCAAAUGAUGAGGAAAGAAAAGCUUUAGAAGAAGAAGAAAAAGCAUGGCCUUGUUUUGAAUGUAAUAAAAGAUUUUCAAAUUCUGAAGAAUUACAGAAACACCUUAAUUUCCACGACGAAGAAAAUGGAACAAUCGAGGAAGGUCCAGGAUCUCGAACUCGUGGUCGAACUAAAGGACGAACUAGAGCUCAAAAGAAAACAAGAGCACGAUCCAAAGUGAAAGAUCCUGAUGAUAUUUCCACUAAACAAGAUGAAUUUCAAUGUGAAAUAUGCCAUAAGGUGUUUCCUAGAAAUUACAGCCUUCAAAGACAUUUGAUAAUGCAUUCGGGAGAAAAGAAGUAUAAAUGUCCCAUCUGUGAUAUGAAAUUCAGUCAUGUAUAUAAUAGAAACAGACAUGUUCGACGUCAUAGACAACGUGGUGAAACCGAACCUGUUAUCAAACCUUUCAAAUCACUUUUCAGAAGAAAACAGGGAGCUGAAUGGAUUUGUACUCAUUGUGAUCUGACUUUUGAUAAUUCAAGCUUACUGAAUCUUCAUACACUCACUCAUGCAGCAGAAGAUGUAGGUCUGAGUGAUCCUUCAAUGGGCGAUACAUAUAAUGAACACACCAUUAUAAUGGAUGGAUUUCAAGCUGUUGGGAAUGAAGAGAAGUGCAAAUGCUUAGAAGAGACUUUUCUGAAAUGUCCAGAAUGUACACAGGAAUUUAGUUGCAAGAAAGAACUAAUAGAACAUGCUAGUUCUCAUGGGAAAAUUCUGACAAAGCAUCGCACUUUUCGUGGUAUGAUCAAUCCCUUGAAACCAUUUAAAUGCAACCUUUGUUAUAAGUCAUUUGCUUCUGACGAACGUUUAAUCCGUCACUACUUGGUUCAUGGAAGUGAAGAUUCAAAACCUCUACAGUGUGAUACUUGUUACAAACGAUUCUUAAAUAAUUCUGCACUUGCUUGCCAUAUUAAAAUCCACAGUGAAGAAAAGAAAUAUUAUGAGUGCCCAAUCUGCAAAAGAGCAUUUGAUCAAAUUGUGACAUUAAAAGAACAUGUUCGUAUUCAUUAUGAAAAUGGUGGCUAUACUUGUCCUCAUUGUCAAAAAACUUUUCAAGAAUAUAAUCAAAUUCGAAAGCAUAUCCGUGCCUUUCAUUCAGAACGGAGAUAUCCCUGUGAAAAAUGUGACAAAAUAUUUCCUCGUCCCGAUAAAUUAAAACUUCAUAUGCUUAGGCAUUCUGAUCAUAGAGAAUUUCUCUGUGCUAAUUGUGGCAAACAGUUUAAAAGAAAAGAUAAAUUAAAAGAACAUAUGAAAAGAAUGCAUGCUCCUGAAAGAGAAGCACGACUAACAGCAAGAGGAUCAAAACCAUCUUCUUCUAAGAAAUUUGUACCUAAGGUAUCGCCAACAGAUUAUCACCGCUUCAUAUACAAAUGUCAUACCUGCCUUUUAGGAUUCAAAAGACGAGGAAUGCUAGUUAAUCAUUUAGCAAAACGUCAUCCAGAUAUAAGACCAGAAUCAGUUCCAGAAUUAAACCUUCCUAUUUUGAAAACUACUAGAGAUUAUUACUGUCAAUACUGUGAAAAAGUUUAUAAAUCCAGUUCUAAGCGAAAGGCUCAUAUUUUGAAAAAUCAUCCUGGUGCAGAAUUACCUAUGAGUAACCGUCGAAAGGGAGGAAUUCCUGAAAUUCCAGGAAUACCAAAUCCAACAUUUUCACAGACAGUUGGAAGUAUUACAACUCAUCCUCAUCAUUGUGAUUGGUGUCAUAAACAAUAUGCCAGUAAAGCAAAACUUUUGCAACAUCAAAGAAAAAAACAUAUUGAUAUGCUGGCUUUAUCCUAUGUUUCAUCUAAAACUCCGACACAAGUUCAAACUGUCAGUACUCAGCAAAAUGCAACAACUGUUGCUGGACAUAUUGUAAUUGCACAGGGUUUGACAAAUACUUUACCAGCUGAUGGAACUGUCAUUGAUGCUAUAAAAAGGAAGAUACAAUAUGUAGAUAGAGAUGUUGCAACUUUGAUUACUUCCCAGCAAGAUGUUCUCCCUACUGCAGAUCUUCUUACUCAAGCAAUGUCUGAACUGACUCAAACUCUUAAUGAAUACAGACCGUCACCUGGCGAAUAUUUGACCAGUCGUAUUUCCCAUUCUACUCCCCCGACAAUGGUGUCAGGCUCUCCUAAUUCAACUCCUGUUCCAACUCCUCAGCCCACUCCUGUUCCCACACCUACUCCUGCACAUACACCUGGUCCUACAAGUCAAGACAAUUCACCUCAAACUACUCUGACUGCAUCAAUUGAUCAGAAUCAACUAAAUCAACUUCUUGCACAAUAUCAGCAAGCACCUUUAAGUCCUCCCACUAUGACGGCUGUUACAACUGCAGCAUAUCCGACUCGUUCCUGGCCUUCAACUGUAACAAAUACCUUGAACAACUAUCCGGCUCGUUGAAAGAGGUCGUCGAUUGAAAUCUGACCUUCUUCUCAGCAGACAAUAUUCUGCAAUUCUUCAGAUGUCUUAUGACUAGAAGCCAGGAUGGGCUUGCAUUCUUGCACAUUUAGUACGUCAUUGCACUGCUGGUGAUGCUAGAGGUGAAGAGAGGAGACUAUUUUAUUGAAAAGCUAUAUCCUUAGCAUGUUAUAUAAAUUUCCCAUUCAAUAACGGAAAGUUAUUUUGAUAUGGGAGUUUCAGUAGGAAAGGAAUACAGGCCAAAGAAUGGCUUGUCUGUGAUGUUUUAAGUGUGUCAAAGUAUGGUUGUGCUAGUAAAAUUGUAUGGAAAUGAACAUGUAUUGUUAUUAUUAAAAAUGAUAAACCAAAGAUGUCUUUCUCUUCAAGCUAAUGUUUGUCAAUUUAGAAUGACAUAUUUUAUGUAAAAAUAAUGUGAAUGUAAAGCACUUAGCAGAUAAUUGAAUGUAUUAUUUUAUAAAAUUAUUAUCUAGUUGAUAGAAAUGAAGAUUACAUUGAACAGAGCAGAUCAGAAUAGAAUAAUUGCACAUCUGCCAAAGGUUCAGUAUAUUUAUUAUGUAGAUAUAAGGAUAAGCUUUCUUGACUUUUAAUCUAAUAAAUUUGCUAUUUAUGAUUGUACGUACUAAAAAUAUUUAAGUACAGGGGAGAGAUAAAAAAAAAUUAGUAUAUUUAAAAUAUGCAGUAGUUAUUCUCAAUGAGACUUUGGUUCUCAAUUUAAAAAAGUGUGGAAAGAAAACUUUGUUAAUCAUUUGCAUUUUUCCUUGUAAAAUGUGCCAUCUGCACAACAUUACAAACCAACAUUGUUAUAUCAUACCUUUCAUUUUCAACAUUUUGAAUGUAUAGGGCCCAGUUUAUACUGGCACUUACGUAACAUAGAAUGUCAUUUGGUAUUUAUUAAUGGUAUUAAAAAGUGAAUGCAGUUAUGAAAGUUUAUAACUUUGCAUCACUUACCAUUAACAUUAUAUUGUAGGAAUUUCAUUAUGGCUUCAUAUUAGGCCAAAGAUCAUAUUUGUCAACUAGAUAAUGCUUAUUAAUAUUAUAUAUUUGGGGCUUGAAAUGAAAACAUUUGUUAAUGAUAACAUUUUUCAUUAUUGAGAUUUAUUUUAUAUUUAAUAUGCUAUAUUUCUCUUUAGUAAUUCUUUUAUAUUAAAUAAUCAAAGUUUUGAUGAAUGAUUUAUCAUAUCUUAUGGUGCUGAAAAUUAUCAUUUCUCUUCAUUCAUUUAGCAAUCAUAGUAGAUGGCUGUUUUUAAAAUCAAAGAAAUAUAUUAUAAUAAUUAUUAAAAACAUAAUAUUUUUAAUUAUGAUAACAGAUUUUU